UUGAGCCGCUCAGGCUGUGGCUGUAGUUAGACGGCUUGGGGCUGCUGUGCCGUGAGGAGGGAGACUGAGACAAGGCUGCUGCUCGGCAGCCCCGGACUUAUCAGCGCAUCGUGCUAACACACAGUGGGAGCGGCCAGCAUCAUAUACCUGAGAGCACAGGAUUAAAUGGACCUUCAGUGCCCGAAACUGGGUAGUGUGACACCUUCCAGCUGCUGUAGCCAUUGGCAUCAGAUUGGAGCAUGGGGAACACGGCGCACAAAACCUUACCAGACACCAGCCAUCAUAGCCGGGCAGGGGCCAAUCGGCCUUGCUACACAUUUCUUCACUGUGGCCAGGAGAGAAGACUUGUCCUCUCACGAACAGAGUCUCCACGUUUCCACUGCCAAGCCAAGGGCAAAAAUAUCCGCUUGGACACUUACGGAAGGAAAGCCAUCCGACGCAACAGCUUUUGUAAUGGAAUAACUUUUACUAGUCGGCCAAUUCACUUGUAUGAAAAGGUCCGCCUGAAGCUGGUAUCUGUACACCAUGGUUGGAGUGGGGCACUUCGUUUUGGGUUUACUAUACAUGACCCAGCGCAAAUGAAGUUAGAAGAUAUACCAAAAUAUGCUUGUCCUGAUUUAGUCACCCGACCUGGGUACUGGGCCAAAGCUUUGCCCGAAAGGUUUGCUCAGCGGGAUAAUAUCCUGGCAUUUUGGGUUGACCGACAUGGAAGAGUCUUCUACAGUGUGAAUGAUGAGGAGCCCAUAUUAUUUCAUUGUGGGGUGAAAGUCUCCAGUCCUAUCUGGGCAUUGAUUGAUGUAUAUGGGAUCACUCAAGAAGUUCAGCUACUAGAUAGCAUGUUUGCCGAUACGAUGGCGCCUAGUCGCCUCAGCAGCCCCCGACUUAGUACUUGCGUGCCUCAGACCAGCCAUGAUUCUGCUAACUUCAACAACAAUGAACUGGAGAACAACCAGGUGGUAGCCAAAAUUGCUAACCUGAACUUGGGUCGUUUACCAGCACCAACAGAUAAUCAUUCUAUACCAUGUUGCCCAAACAGAAGGCAACGACAGGGUAUUCCCACACUGUUGGACAUGGAACUUCAUUUUCAUCCUACUCGGGGUGCUGACAUCACACUCUCUCCAGACAGAACGGUGGCAUUUACCAACUGGCAGGAGAGUAAUAGGACUAUAGUAUUCACAGAGCGGCCAGUCCAUAUUGGUGAGACACUCUUCACUGAAACUAGUCAACUGCCUCUGCCUUACUAUAGCUCCUUCUCUUUUGGUAUUACGUCAUGUGAUCCAAGCACAUUACGGACCUAUGAUCUCCCAGCUAACCCCGAUUAUCUAUUGGACAGAAAGGAGUAUUGGGUAGUUCACCAGGGGCUGUACACACUGGGAAAUUGGGAUAUCCAUAGUUUUUCACUUCUACCCAGCGGUGAAGUUCAUCACGGCAUAAAUGGAAACAAUCGUGGAAUGCUGAUGUGUGUAGACACCUCACAACCUCUAUGGAUGUUCUUCACUAUUCAAGGAAUUAUCAACCAGAUAAAAAUAGUGGGUACUGUUCAGUCCAGUGUUCUGUCUCCCUCUGGAUCACCAAGUGGUUCCCCUUAUGACAGUGAUUCAGAUUUGGCCUUCAGUGUGAACAGGUCCUCUUCUGCAUCUGAGUCUUCCUUAGUGACGGCUCCAAGUUCCCCAUUGAGUCCUCCCGUGUCACCAGUCUUUGCCCCUCCAGAACCACAAGGAAACAAAGUUGGAGAAUGUGCAGUUUGCUUUGACAAAGAGGUUGAAACUGUCAUCUACACCUGUGGUCACAUGUGCCUCUGCAGUAGCUGCGGUUUGAAGCUCAAGAAGCAGAUUAAUGCCUGCUGCCCCAUUUGCCGUAGAGUUAUAAAAGAUGUCAUCAAAACGUACCGUCCUUAAACAUUUACCCUUUCAACAGGGGCCUCUUGGACUUUUUUUAUGAGACUUUUCUAAAAAUGUUAAAUCAGGGAUUGUCCCCUCAUGGAAACCAUACUUUUUAAUUUGGCUUUGGAAUUUAAUGUAAGGCUUUAAGUCUGUACUACCUACUGAAUUCUCCUCGCCUGUCUCGUAUUGGGGCUGUUUUAGUAAAUAUCCAAGUGUGUGAGCACUUGACCCAACCUGGUGCAUUUUCUCAGGGUUUCAACAAGUCCAAAAUAUUCUUUUCCCCAAACUGAGAACUGAAAAAGUAAGCAAAGUUGCUAAAGACUUUUCCCAACAGACCCUUUGCACCUGGGGCCAUCGUCAUCUCCAAUACUUGCACCAACAUUAAAAUGUAAUUUGAUAAAUA